CUUCUUCCCCAUGGCUAUGACGGUGCAGGCCCUGAGCACUCGUCCUGCCGGAUGGAACGGUUCUUACAGUUGUGUGACAGCUCAGAAGAGGGAGUCGAUGGGGACCAGGUCAACAUGUCAGUUGUGCAUCCCACCACCCCAGCACAGUAUUUCCAUUUACUCCGGCGGCAAAUGGUCCGAAACUUCAGGAAACCUCUCAUCGUUGCUUCUCCCAAAGUGUUACUCAGGCUCCCUGCUGCUGUAUCAAGUUUUGAAGAAAUGGCCCCAAGGACAACAUUCAAGCCUGUCAUUGGUGACUCCUCAGUAGAUCCUAAAAGUGUCACCCAAGUGGUGCUGUGUUCUGGUAAGCAUUACUAUGCUUUGGUGAAGCAAAGAGAGACACUAGGAGAGAAACAACACAACACUGCUAUUCUGAGACUUGAAGAACUGUGUCCUUUCCCCCUGGAAGCUCUACAGCAAGAGUUGAGCAAAUACAGCCGUGCAAAAGUCUUCACCUGGAGUCAGGAAGAACCACAGAACAUGGGUCCGUGGUCCUUUGUGUCACCACGGUUUGAAAAGCAGCUGGGGGUUAAGCUCCAUCUUGUGAGUAGACCUCCUUUACCAGCCCCAGCAGUUGGCAUUGGAACCUUACACCACCAGCAGCAGGAAGACAUUCUUACCAACACAUUUAUCUAAGUUUUCAGUGGUUGGAUGACUCCUCCUGUCAGUCAUAUUUGGUGCCUCCUCUUGUGAAGAAAAACAAAAGCCAGACCCUUAAGACUUGUAGUUCUUCAAAAUGGAAGAAAAGAAUGGAACAAGUUCUAUAACGAUGAAGCAAUUUUUUCAUGUAGAGGAAUACCUAAAAUGAGAGGUAGUGCCUGUUACUCUAGAUACUUCUUGUUCUCUUGUAGUAUUUUCUACAAAACAUCUUUUUAAAGUUUUAAAAAA